UUGUUCGUGGGCAGUCGUCGCCGCUGUUCUUGCCGCUGAAUUGCCGUCGUUGUUCCGUCGUUGUUGCGUUGUUGUUGCGCUGUUGCGUUCUUGCGUUUUAGCGUCGAUUGAUGAAUGAUCCGUCGCGGCCUCGACAGUGAUUCAAUUUGAUUUGAUCUGAUUCAGACUGAUUCGGAUCCGAUAUUGCGAAAUUUAAAAUCGUGUUUUACCCAAAAAAAUAUGCACAGCCAGAAAUCCAAGUGAUAAAAGAAAGCCGAGAUAGCGGGCUGCGGAGAAAGUGCAAACAAGUUGAGUGCCAGUGCUGAGUAAAGUGCCUCCGCGCCAGCUAAAAAGGAUUUACGCGCUCGAAAGUUCUUAACCAAAUCAUUAACGAACUGAACUGAAGUCAAGACAUUGAUUGAUACACAACUAUAGCUAUAGCUGAUCAACGCCAUCGGAUCGCUGCGAAGCCUCCUUUCCGUGCGCGCAUCCCCUAGAAAAGCCGUCAACAUUCUUGAUAAAGUGGCCUCGAUAGGCGCCAACACGCUUAAUUUCACGGACCUCGGGAGCCCCUACGAGGGGCCUCCCAGCACCCCCCAGUCCGGCAUGGACGCCCCCGACGCCCCCCACACGCCCAAGUACAUGGACGGCGGGAAUACGGCGGCCAGCGUCACGCCCGGCAUCAACAUUCCCGGAAAGUCCGCCUUCGUGGAGCUGCAGCAGCACGCCGCCGCCGGGUACGGCGGCAUUCGGAGCACCUAUCAGCAUUUCGGGCCGCAGGGCGGACAGGACUCCGGCUUCCCGAGUCCGCGCAGUGCCCUCGGCUACCCGUUCCCGCCCAUGCACCAGAACUCCUACUCCGGCUACCACCUGGGCAGCUACGCCCCGCCCUGCGCCAGUCCACCCAAGGAUGACUUUUCAAUCUCGGACAAAUGCGAGGACUCCGGCCUCCGCGUCAACGGCAAGGGCAAGAAGAUGCGCAAGCCCCGCACCAUCUACAGCUCGCUGCAGCUCCAGCAGCUCAACCGCCGCUUCCAGCGGACCCAAUACCUGGCCCUGCCCGAGCGGGCCGAGCUGGCGGCGAGUCUGGGCCUCACGCAAACGCAGGUGAAAAUCUGGUUCCAGAACCGCCGGUCUAAGUACAAAAAGAUGAUGAAGGCGGCCCAGGGUCCAGGCACCAACAGCGGCAUGCCCUUGGGCGGCGGAGGACCCAAUCCCGGCCAGCAUAGUCCCAAUCAUAUGCACAGCGGUGAGUUCGGCGGUAAUAACGGCGGUGGCUCGAACAGCGGCUCACCCUCACAUUAUCUACCUCCCGGACACAGUCCAACGCCAUCGAGUACACCCGUGUCCGAGCUUUCACCUGAAUUCCCACCAACGGGCCUCAGUCCGCCAACGCAAGCGCCGUGGGACCAGAAACCGCACUGGAUCGACCACAAGCCGCCGCCCCAAAUGACGCCACAGCCACCUCAUCCCGCGGCAGCGCUACAUCCGCAGACGCACCACCACAACCCGCCGCCCCAGAUGGGUGGCUAUGUGCCCCAGUAUUGGUAUCAGCCCGAGACGAAUCCAUCACUAGUGACUGUUUGGCCGGCGGUCUAACAGCAUCCGAACCAGCUGCCCUCGGCUGCCUGGACGCAGCAGCACCAGCUGAACCAGCUGAAUCAGCUGAACCAGCAGCACCAGUCCCUCUACCAGCACUCCUGUCCCGAACUGGGGAUGCAGAUGCACCAGCUGCAGCUGGAGCACCAGCAGCAGGCGGAGGCGGAGGCACAGGCCCAGCAGCAUCUCCUCCAGCGGCAGGACCUCGCCGGCGGGGUGCAGCACACAAUAUCUUAGCCAAUAAACCAUGAUAGCAACCUGUAAAAUAUCCAUAACAAUGACCAAUUGAGAAACGAAAGCAAGAAAUCUGGCAAGUUAAGCGUAAAGUUUUGUACAUUUUAAACGUAAUAUAUAAAUAUAUAUUUACCAACGUGAAUAAAGUCGUUCUAAAAUGUAGUCUAGCUAAGAACAAAAAAACACAAAUACAAAACAAAAACUAAAAUGAAAAUGAAAACAAACAAAAAAAAAUACUUAAAAAACAGAAAACAUUCCUCAAUCACAGUAGCAAGGAGAGAGUAUGAAACGUGUCCUUUAAUUUUGUUUAAUUUAGCGAAUUAACUAUGUAUAAAUCUAUCUAUAUUAACGUAAACUAUAUGUAGUGAGCAACAACAACAAAGUAUGAAAACGUAUAAAAAAGUACAUCAUUAAUAAAUGAAAUCAAACAAAAUGAAAAAAAUCAGCUGUUGAUCUUAAGAGUUUCUUUCGAGUGUUUUGUUUUUGAGUAGAAAAGUCAAAAAGCAAAAAGAACCAGCAACAGAAAUCAGUAAAAUCAGAUCUCAAAUGCAAAAGGAAUAAUCCUCUUAAUUUUUGUAACAUUUUUUUUUCCAGUUUUAUGUAUGUAUGUUUCUUUGCACUUUUAAAAGAGAAGCCCACCUUCCAGAGACAGAGAGAAUAAUUUCGUUCUUUUAUUGUGCAAUAUAAUUUUAUUCACCAAGAUGGUUGGCCUUUAAGCCAAGGGAAUUAAUUGCUUAAAGUGUAAAUUUUGUAUAGACAGCAUUUUAACAUAGAGUCCUCUGGCAGAAGGUGCAUCAAAUGUCAAGGGAAGCCUUUUUGCCCUUUUUAACAAUCGAAACCAAGGCGAAUGCGACUCGAAAUUCGAUUCGCUGACGAGCUUGCUGUAGCCGUAGUUAUGGAUUAACAUAAUCUAGUUUAAGCGGUAAUUAGUGCGUGUGUUUCACUCUAGUUUAAUUCAAACACAGCAAGAGCUAAAACAAAUAAUUGAUAGUUUAACAACUAAAGUGCGAGUGAGUGUGCGUGAAUGUGUGUCUGAGUGCGCGAUUGCAAUUUAAACAAAAACAAUAAUUUAAAACAAAAAACACAUGAUUAAAUUCAAACAAAAUCAAAUUAACGACAAAUGCAUAAAAAAGAAGAAGGCGAGAGAAGCAAAACAAUAUGUGCUAGCAUUUAAUUAAUUAGUUAUAAUCUAGAAAAUGGCAACUCAGAAUCACAGAAAAAAAGCCUAGCGACUCCCCCCCGCCCCCUUGCCCUUCCCAGUCCCGAAACCAUUUAAUUUUUAGUAAUAAAUGUAAUUUUUAAAUCAAAUCGAACAAAAGAAAAAAAAGCGAGAAAACCCCAAUAAAAAAUAAAGAAAAUUU